CUCUGACGUCAACCCCCAAAAGACUUGCAUUAACAAUCAACAAAAUCCACUUUCUCCAAAUCCAAAAAUUUCCCCCCACUUUCUCUCCGGGGAAGGAAAAAGAAAAGAAGAGAAUAAAUAUGAGGGCAAAUCAUAGGCCGAUCCACGCUGUGUCGAUGUGGGUGAGGAGACAGCCGCCGAAGGUGAAGGCUUUUUUGGCGGUCGUAUCGGGGAUGGCAGCGCUUGUUCUCCUUCGAUUCAUCGUACACGACCAUGACAACCUCUUCGUCGCCGCUGAGGCUGUCCACUCCAUCGGAAUCUCUGUCCUUAUAUAUAAGCUCACAAGGGAGAAGACUUGUGCUGGACUAUCGCUUAAAUCCCAGGAACUAACAGCUAUCUUUCUAGCUGUUAGGUUGUAUUGUAGCUUUGUCAUGGAAUAUGAUAUCCAUACCCUUCUUGAUUUGGCCACAUUGGGUACAACUUUAUGGGUUAUUUAUAUGAUCCGUUUCAAACUAAAGUCCAGCUACAUGGAAGAGAAGGACAACUUUGCUUUAUAUUAUGUUCUUGUCCCAUGUGCAGUAUUGGCUCUAUUUAUUCAUCCCUCAACAUCUCAUAAUCUAGUGAACCGCAUUUUCUGGGCAUUCUGUGUGUAUCUAGAAGCUGUUUCAGUUUUACCCCAGUUGCGAGUGAUGCAAAAUACUAAGAUUGUUGAGCCUUUCACAGCUCAUUAUGUAUUUGCAUUGGGUGUUGCAAGGUUCCUCAGCUGUGCUCACUGGGUUCUUCAGGUUUUAGACAGUCGAGGACAUUUGCUGGUAGCCCUGGGUUACGGAUUGUGGCCUUCGAUGGUUCUUAUAUCGGAAAUUGUCCAAACUUUCAUUUUAGCGGACUUCUGUUACUAUUAUGUCAAGAGUGUCUUUGGAGGGCAGCUUGUUCUCCGUCUUCCUUCUGGAGUAGUAUAAGUGAAGAUGCUGUUUUGCUUUGGUCGACGAGCAUGCUGCGGGAAGAAAGUUCUAACUUGUAUCCUUGUUUAAGUUCUGCUUUUUUCUCAGGACACAUUUCGUAUGACUGAAAAUUAGCGGAUUGUUUGUAAAUUUGGGGGUGUAGAAGAUUUGGGUGGAUAUUUAUUAAUAAAACAUUGCAUAAAUGGAU